AUGGACUUUUUGAACCAAACACUCCGCCACACUGCCGUCCGUAGGCCAUCCGACAUGGCUCAUUAUCAGAACAUCCAGUAUUCGUAUCCCAUGUUCCAACCAGGGCAAUUGCCGCCUUCGAAUGUCGAAUCUCAACCGAUGCCGUCGCACUUUGGAUUUGCCCCGUGGCAGGAUUUCCCCAUGAUGCCGAACGCGAAGAUGUACCUCGGAAGCGAUGAUUUUUCUUCUGCCCCAUUCGCCCAAACAUACACAGCUCGCGCAGCCUCCGUUUCGCACAGCGUGGGCUCAAGACGCGUCGACUCAACCGCAGCGCUCCCAAGCCAAAUCCCUCUUGAUAACGCCAUCCAGACCGGCGCACCGUGGCCGGCCGCCGACCCAUCAACUCCGGUCGGAGGAGAAGCCAUGACUGCCUACGUCCACAGCCCCAUGGGCACAUUGAGUAGCGCUGCUAGCAACAUGAGUUUCCCUCUCACGCCCGAUGCCACGAAUUCUGUUUCCAGCUUCGACUGGCAAAAUUCCGAUAUCAUGGCGAGUCCUGGUGUUGCGUUUAGUGUGGAACAGAGCGCAUGGCCGAUGAGGUCAUCAUUUGACAAAGCCGCUACAGCGGAAACAAUCGCAUUGCGGUCCGAAUUGCCCAAUAUGGCAACUGGACCGUUGCUGGAGGGUUUUGCUGAGGCCGUAAAUGCAAACAACUUUGUAUCCUCUCCCAGCUAUUCACAGCCAAGUGUCGAAAUCGGGGCAUCCGGUGUCGACAGUCGUUUGCAAACUCCCGCGCUCGACCAGUCGCAGCCUGAAAAGGCAGAACCCAAAAAGCGCGGCAGGAAGAAGACUCCUGAAUCUGCCCGCAAGGUGUGUGGUCAAGACAGAGCAGCUCCUGUGUCUGCAUCGGGCCGUGCUCUGCGAACCGCCGCCCGCAAGGUGGUACGCCCCAAGUCGGCACAGAAGCCGGGGGAGUCUGCAGAAGAGCGCCGCGCCAGAGUAAACCACAACCAAGUGGAGAAGCAAUAUCGCAACCGGUUGCACGAGUAUUUUGACAAUCUCCUCAAAGUGCUCCCUGACAACCCUAGCUUGGAGCCCAAAGCCGAGCCCGGGAACGAUGGUGAGUCGCAAUCGUCGUCGUCCGCAGCAGGCCAGAAGUCGAGAAAUUGGAGCAAAGCAGAGGUCCUGGAGAGGGCUUGUCGUCACAUCCUCGACCUCCAAACUACCAAUGCCAAAUUGAUAGAAGAGCUGGAGACCAAGAGACGGGAGUCGUCCGCUUCGCUGCCAUUUUCAAACUGA